AUGGCUUCAGCGCUGGAAGAAUUUUGUGGCCACCAUCUUCCAGGCAGAGAUGAUCCUGGCACAAGUUAUGGUAAAGGCGUGUCGCCUGAGGAUCCGCAACAGGUCCUGGCUGCACUACCAAGAUCCGCUGCACAUGGAGGAGAAAGAGAUGUUGUUCACCAGGGCGACAGGCCCAUGCCCACACGACCAGCUUCAGCGGUCGGGCAACAAGCACGGGCGGUACAGCAAGUGCCUGCAGUGCGGCAAGAAAUGGACUUGGGACGACGACGCCAAGCUGUGGACAGAACCAAAAGUCUCCUCAAGACAGCAGCAGCUGCCUUUACCGUCCUCAUCUACGGCAACAGUGUUCCAGGACAAGGCCUACACACCAGCUGCAUCGAUGGGACUCAAGACCUGGGACUUGACACCACACGCCAUCAAGGACCAGCCUUUGAGUUCAGCAGCAGCUGCCAAGAAAGCUGCAGCCAAGCGUGGAGCCAAGCCCAAGAAGAGCCCAUCAAAGAGGCAGAGCCGAUCCAUGGAAGAGGACGGGGACUCGGACUACGACUGGAGCCUUCUGGAAUGAAGACAAAGACAUCCACUGGUGCGUCCAAGACAGGGAAUCGAAUUUGGCUGACCGGCUAUUUGAGAGCCUGCCAGAAGACGUACCAGCGUGAAGUUGAUGCCUAUGAAUGCUUGGCCAGUCAUCAUGACUAUAAAAGGGCUGGAAGCAAGGUCGACCUCAUGGACUUUCUCGAGGUCUUUGCCGGCACGGGGAUUGUCACAGACCUUGCAUUGAGCUUUGGACUUUCAGCUCUCCAACCCUUCGACCUACUCUAUGGCCAAGAUCUCAAAGAUCGCCAUGUUGUCCACCAACUCCAUCAAACAGUUGAUCAGUUCAGGCCACUGCUCACUUUGAUAGCAUGGCCAUGCACUUUCUGGAGCAUCUUCAACCAGAAUAUGAAUUACAGUUGGCGGUUGCAUGAACUUGAAGAACUCCGUGAGUCCGACCGCCCAUUGGUCGACCUUGGUUGCGACCUGGCUGAGAAACAAAUGGAUGAAGACCGGCUGUUCCUAGGUGAGAACCCUCUACGAUCAGCCAUUUGGGACGAGCCCCGUGUUGUUCGCCUCCGAAAUCGGCCAGAUGUGAUUGAGGUGGAAUGUGAUGCUGGUGCGUAUGGGGCUGAAACAGUCACUGGCGAGCCAAUUGCGAAGCCACACAGGUUCAUCACCAACAGCCCCAUUCUGGCUCGACUUCUUUCACUCAAGCUCACCCCAGAGCAGAAGAUGUAUACCACCAAAGUGGAAGGCCGCCACACCAAGGCCUCAGGACAGUACUGUCAUGGACUUGCUUGUGCUAUCCUUGAGGGCCUUCGUGAAGAAGCACGCCUCCGAAACCCCCAGAGGUUCCAACUCAACCACGAGGUGUACUACGCGGCCCCAACAACUCAUGAAGAGGACUGGACGGCUGCUUUGAAUGAAGCUGAGAAGAGGUUCGAGAACACCAGCAAACGACCUCUGAUCCUGGCCGAAGGAGACAUUCUUUACCAACAAGUUCAAGAGCUGGUUCCAUGGAAGCUUAACCGCAUUCAGUUGGCCUGGCUGCCUGGCCAACGAAGAUGGCCAACUGAAGUGCCAUUCACCCACCGCGGCUGUGCAUACCGCGACACUGGUGGAAGGUUCGCCAUUGAGCAUGAAGACCUCACAUCAGUGCCAUACCCGAAACAGAAGUUUAUCAACCCUGUUCGAGCGGCAAUCUUCUUCUAUGGCGAAGCUCCAGAAGAACCAGCGGAACGACUUCAAUUUGAUGAUGACCGCGAGAUCCCUACCACUGCCAAGGUAGCAGGUCUCAACACUGACAUCUACUUCGAAGGUGGUCCUCCAAUGUCCCGAGAGAUGAGGAGCUCUUUGGCAAGACUUCAUUGUAAUCUUGGUCACGCUCCCAAGACCGAGAUCAUCCGCAUUCUUGCCGCUGCGGGCAAACUUGACGGCAAGAUUCUUGCUGGACUUGAUGCAUUGAGAUGUGGCACUUGCAAGAGGCUCACAAAGCCCACAAAGCCACCAACUUCCUCAACAGCAAGUGCAUCGAGAUAUGCUGGCGCAUUUGGAGAACACCUCCAAGCUGACAUCAUCUACAUUCGACUUCUAGACGGAUACGCAUGUCCAGUACUUGGAAUGGUCUGCAUGUCCACCAAUUACCAUGCAGCGAAGACUUUGCAGAAUAGGAGCCCUGAGCACCUUCUCGAAGUCAUGCAGGAGAUUUGGUACCGACCACUCGGUCUUCCAAUUUCCAUCACAGUCGACUCAGACACAGCCUUCUACGGUGUCAAUGAACAAUGGCAUCAACAAAUUGGCGUUGAGUUUGACAUCAUUCCUGCCGAAGAAGCUCACAAGCUCGGCAAGAUUGGCCGAAGAAAUGCCCUGAUGCGAACUCUGUCUGAGAGGCUGAUAGACCAGAACGGUGCCACCAACAAAGACCAACUCAACAACAUUCUCACUGCAGUGCUCCACAGCAUGAACAACUCCACCUACAGUUAUGGUCGUUCACCAUGUCAGGCAGUUUUUGGACGAAUGCCCCGACCAGUUGGAGACCUGCUGUCGGACGAAAAGGCCCUAGCCAUUACUCCUCCACUUGAAGGAGCUCAGCUGUCUUUGAGGCCUGAACUCCUGCGAGCAGAAGCUGUGACAGCUUUGGCACAGUUUUCUGCUUCACAGGCCAUCCGUCGAGCACUGCUGAGAAAGACGAGAAACCAAAAGGACUUCAGCCACCUCGAACCUGGCCAGGCAAUAGCCUUUUGGAGACAAAGCGCCAAAGCUCGCCAACACAAACGUGGAGCAUGGUGCCUUGGACGUUUCCUUGCACUCGACCCAGAUCGGAAAUCUAUGUGGGUGCAAGUUGGCAAAAACUCCAUCCGCAUUGGCAACACCCAGGUCCGAGAAGCUGCAGGUUGGGAGACAUGGACACCAACAUCUGAUGACCUCAACUUCAUCAGACAGGCUGAGAACAACAUCGCUCAAGGCCUUUGGAGCGAUGAAGUCGAAGAUGGCCCCAGAGAAGAAGAUGCAGCCGAUAUUGAAGCCGACAUCUUCCAAUUCCGGCGACAAUUUCCACAACGACUUGAAGAUGAACCCGGUGUUCCUAUGAUCGACACUCCUGGGCCACCACCACAACAAACAAUAUUGAACCAGGAACAACACAUGCCACACAGCAUGGCCGAUGUGCCACAAAGCAUCCCUCCUGGAGAACGUGUACAAGAUGCAAUCCAACAACUUCCAACACCACUACAAUCACUACAACAUCCUAUGCAACCGCGGUAUGACACCCACUUACCAAUAUCACAACACUACGAGCAAAGUACACAGCAGCAGCAAUAUCUACAACAGAACUUCCAACAAAACUACCAGAAUAUCAACAUCAACUCACCAACAUACCAGAACUUUGGCCCACGUGCUGACUUUGGAAUGAAUCCACCAACGCCAAGGACUGCUAGAGCAAGAUCCAGAACGCCAACGAGGACUGGAUUUCAACCAGAACAAAGACCAGCGACAGGAGUACCACAAACAACACUUCCGAUCGAGCAACAACCGCAAACAAGCACAGCAGAAGCAUCACUAUCACUACGAGGUCCUGAGCAGGCCUUCUGUGUUCUGGGUUCUGAGCAAGCCCAUUGCGCCUACGGCCCUGAGCAGGCCCCUUGUGCUAAAGGCUCUGAGCAAGCCUUCUGCGUUAAAGGUCCUGAGCAGGCCUUCUCUGUGCCAGGCCCUGAGCAGGCCUACAUGUCCAACUUCGAGACGAUGGAUGAUGGAAGCAUUCACCAACGACUCCAUGGCUGGGAUGGCAGCCCUGACUUCGCGAGUCCAGCUAUGCCAUCGCAACGCGCCUACAACGCCUACCUUGCAAGUGACCAGCGCAAAGUCGAGAUGAUGAACGCUGGCAUCAGCAAGGACGUUGAGAGGGCUGAUAACAGCAGCUCGGAUGAAGACCUGUCCAUUUCGAAUGAUCGAAAUCUCACCAGACAGGAGAUGAAGCAGCUGGACAGAGAACUACCUUGGAGAGAAGUUUGGGCACUCCCAACCAUGAUCCGCGAGAAGUACAUUGAAGCAGCUGUGAAUGAAUACAAUGGAUGGCUGCAAUGGAAUUCCAUCAGACCUCUCACUCAAGCAGAAGCCAACGAGAUCUACAAGGACCCCAAGCUUCGCCGUCGGAUCCUCCGAUCUCGUUCUGCUUACCGUGACAAAAGCAGAGGCAUUGGAGAAAUCAAAGCAAAAUGCAGGGUCGUGCUCAUUGGCUGCCAAGACCCGGAUCUACAUAGUCUCAGUAGGGACAGCCCAACACCCACAAGGCUGUCCGAGUACAUACUGAUGUCUGUGGCAUCUGCUGGAGCAAAUCGUAUGUUCAAUGGUGAUGGGCGACGAUGGUCAAUUUGGAUCAGCGACGCCGAGAAGGCCUUCCUGCAGGGGACUCAAGACAGCUCCGAGAGGAAAGGCCUCCCGUUGUACAUGGCCCCUCCUCAAGACGCCAUCAUACAAGCUGCAGAAGCCUUCCCAGCACCGCUGUACGAAGUGACUUCAAAUGCAUACGGUUUGGCCAACGCCCCCAGGGUAUGGUACAAGCGUGUUGACAAAGUAGUUCGAGGCUGCGACUUCAAACAGCACAGCUUCGAUCGCUGCUUGUACUAUCAUGUUGGCGAAGAUGGCUUGCUAGAUGCUCUGAUGAUCGUGCACGUUGACGACAUGCUUGCAGUGUACUCUGAGACCUUCCCUCUGGAGUUGCUUGAAGGUAUGUUCAAAUGGGGCAGUGUGACCAAAAUCACCCCCGACACACCAGGCGAGUUCAGAGGAAAGGAGAUCCAAAUGAUUGUGGAAGACAACAAAGUCUCUUACAAAGUCACACAGAAAAGCUUCAUUAAGAACCUAGCGCCUGGAAACUUGCGUGUUGGAAGGCUCAGACAGCCUCCUGAACUUUCUGACGAAGAACGCAAAGAAUUCCGCUCCGUCUGCGGAUGCUUGCAAUGGCUUGGAGGUCAAACGAGACCUGAGUUGUGCGCAGCGACAUCUUUGGCUCAUCGUGGAGCAGAUACCGACAUCCACGACCUCAAGCACCUCUACGAGUGCAUCGCCUUUGCCAAGCAAACUGCAGACUGCGGGCUGACCUUUCCUCCAAUCUUCUUGAACCGAGCUUCGACAUUGGUCACAUACUCGGAUUCAAGUUGGGCAAAUGCAAGGUGCCAUAAAUCACAAUACGGUGUGGUCGUCACCAUCACCUCUGCACAAGUGACCGAGACCACUUGCCAUGCCCACAUUUUGGACUGGAAAUCAGGCAGAUCUCCACGGGUUUGCAGAUCAACGCUGGCUUCUGAAGCUUGUGCAUGCGAUGAGGCCUCAGACAGAGCUUGCUUUGCCAAUUUAGUUUUGUCUGAGCUGCUUUACCAAAAGGCAGCGUACCUCGGCGAUUUGAAACUGAAUUCAUUACUUUGCACAGUUGGAGUUGCGCGCUUUGCGGCGGCCGGAGGCCAGUCCCAGCAGUGCGCUGCUGCCGCUGAGCUGCGGACUCUCUUGGCCGGUUUGGGCGCAAGAGGAGAACGCUGGGCAUCCCAGCACAAGGUACUUUGGAACUCAGGCGUGAAAAGCCAUGUCUGUGCAUCUUGGACUUGCACUUUGACAUUGGCAUCGGAGCUGGACGUUUCUGCGGAGACCUUUGGGAUCCCGAUUGGAGAGACCUACUUCAGGGAGAAGGGCACCGUUGCUGUAGGCGUCUUUGGUGACGCCGAGGUGGAUGGCGCAGCGUCUCAACAAUCGGGCGAGCCGGAAGAGGCGGCGGAGGCAUCUGAAGCUUCGCUACCUCCUGGUGAUGAUCGAGGUUCUGGUGGGCAAGGUGGUCAGGAAUCAUCAGACCCAUGGAGCGGCUGGGAGAGACUUACCCCGCCUGAUAGCUCGGGAGGCAGUGGAUCCGGAGCACGGGAUGAUGAUUGGUGGAAGUACGAGUGGCGCUGGACUCCCAAUGGUGGCUGGGCUGUGGGCGACCAGGGGCAGCGACCAAACUACAUGGCCAGGGUUGAGGAGACCACUCUUGCCAAUGAUGGUCGGUGGCAUGGUAGCGGUUACAGUGGCAGUCAUGCGGGCCGAGAUCAACAACAUGGAGGUGACAGUUGGGGAAAGCCCACUGAGAAGAUGAUGGUGCCUGAGUUUGAUGGCGAGGGUACGGAGGCAGAGCUUGGCAAGACGGCCAGGUCGUACUUGCGCAAGGUCCAAGCCUGGGCCAAAUGUACGAAGUUGCCGGAGCGUGAGAGGGCUUUGGCUCUCUACACGCACCUUGGUGGAAAGGCUUGGGUGUGCGCUGAGGAGCUUGACGUGGACAUCCUUGGCAGUCCGACUGGGAUGGACUACUUUGUGGAUUGGGUCCGCGUCAGGUUCAUGGAGAUGGAGGUGAACAAGGUAUCGAGUGUGAUGACAGAGCUUUUCAGGAAAUGCCGGCGCUCUCAUGAGCAGUCGGUCAGGGACUUCAACGUGGUCUUCGAGCGCUUGCUGUUGCACUUGACAGAACUGAACUGCGAAUUGCCGCAGUUGGUGAAGGCAUGGCUCUACUUGGAUCGGCUGCGGCUCAACGAAGGCGAUGAGCUGGCCAUUUUGGCUUCGGUUGGCAACAAGUAUGACCUCAAGCUCUUGCAGCAGGCGGCCAUCAUCCAUGACAGGACAUCGCGCAAGACAGCGUGGGAGCCUCGACCCCGUGCAGCUGGAGGACGUUGGCAGGGCCGGCAAUCAGUGCACAUGACGGACAUCCCGGAGGGUGGCGAGGUCAGUGAUGAUGGCCAUCCUUCGGAAGAUGAGUCUGACGCGGAGCUCGUGACAGAGGAGGUGGCCAUGACCUAUCACGAUGCAUUCAUGGCCUACCAGGACGCAAAGUCGAAGUACAGAGAGGCGCUCAAAGGGAGAGGCGUCGACCGAGAUGAGCUUCGGAAACGAAGCGAGGAGAGGUUGAAGCUGGCGAAAGCCCGCAGUUAUUGCGGGGCAUGCAAGAGGAAGGGGCAUUGGCAUAAAGACCCGGAGUGCCCUUUGAGACAGUCGACGUCUUCGGCAUCUUCUUCGGCCCCCCAGGUGAAGAACGCCCAGAUGAGCACGAAUGUUCAUCAUGUGCAGAUGUGCUUCAUGUCUGCAGGCUCACAUGGAGUUGAAGCUGGAGAAGGAGGCCGAGGGGGUGAUCACCUUUUGGAAGUGGCAGGCGGUGAGCUCUUGGCCAUCGCCGACACGGCGUGCACCAAGGCAGUGGCAGGGCAUGCAUGGUAUGAGAGCUACUGUGAGGUGGCCGAGCGCAAGGGGAUCCCCAUUGAAAUAGUGAAUGAGGCUGACAAGUUCAAGUUUGGAGCAUCCCGCAUUCAUGACUCGACCUUUGCAGUGUGGGCUCGUUUUGGGAUUGGUCACAAGCUCAUCAAGGUGAAGGUCGCCAUAGUCAGUUGUAGAGUUCCUUUGCUUUUCAGUAGGACCGUGCUGGCCAAACUUGGCAUGGUCUAUGCAGUAGAUUCUCAUCAGGUAGAUUUGCAGCGGCUUGAUUUGAAAGGGGUGUCUCUGCGUUUUUCAGAGACAGGGCACCCGGCACUUUUGGUUUCGGAAUAUCCUGAGCCUUACUGUGAAGAGGGCUGCAAUUGGGCUGAGGACCCUGAUGUGCAGAUCUACCGAGAAGCAUCCGAGCAAUACACUGCUGCUGGAGAACGACUGAAGCAAUCCCAUGUCAUCUCGAAGGAAAUCUUGCACAUGUUCAACAUGAUCUUUGGCAAAGACCUGACAGUCCUUCAGUUUUUACUGCAGUUGGUGGAUUGUGGAUCGGCCGCAGUGUUUUUCCCAAGCGUGCCGUGCAGCCCACCGCUCAAGUCAAUGUCUGCCGCUCGGACUUCGCCAUGGAAGAUGAACCGAGCCGAGCUGCUGAAGGAACUGCACGACAGGCAGAUCCCAGUCCAUCCGUCCUGGACUGUGCCCGAACUUCGGGCGACCUUGGUGGAACACAACAAGGGUGCAGUCUCCUCUCAGGAGGUGACAGCCAUGAAGGGCAUCAGCAAGAUGUCACUCGAAGAGCUGAAGAGCAAAGCAGUGGAGCUGAACAUCAGGAUGCCGGACAAACCCUCCCGCGGCCUGCUGAUGCGCUUGUUGCGCGAGAACCAGAUGCCGAGCGGGGAUCAAUUGAUGACGUUUGGCAAGUACAAGACGUGGAUGUUCAAGGAGGUUCCUAAGAACUACCUGGAGUGGGCGGUUCAAGAGGUGGACGCAAAUCAGGGGGCCAGCCCCGAGCUGGUGCACUUUGCCAACUGGAGUCGGGGCGAACUGGCCUCACGCAAAGCCAAAGCGGAGAACGACGUGGGGGUGUCCGUGGACCCGGAGGUGUCUGCAGUGAUUCCGGUCCCGGAGAUGGAUGCCUCAGUCAAGAGUGCGGGCAGCGUCAUGACGUGGAAGACCAGCAGUUCCGCGCCGAAGGCCUCGAACGCGGGCAAAGUGGCGGAGACCAAGCAGAAGGCAAGUCCCAACAGGGGCAAGCGGGAGGCCGAGACGGUGGAGAUCACGGACGGCAUGGAUGUGCAAGUUCCGGUGGAAGUGGUGGACGAGCUGGAAACGCUGGAUGCUCGAGCGGCGUCUCUUCGCCGGGAACACCAUCUGCCCCCGGGUGGGCGGGCGUCUCCAUCUUCGUCGGAUGCGGAGGUGGACGAUGGGAAGGCUUUUGUGUAUAACAAGACGAUCGGGCUUGAGCACAGCACUGGUGGCGGUGGCACUGAGUAUAACACGACGAUCGGGCUUGCAUGUGGUGGUGGUGGUGACGAGAUUGAGUAUGUCAAGACGGUCGGGCUUGAGCAUGGUGGUGGUGGCGCCGCGGAGUAUAACGAGGGCAUCGGGCUCUUGCAUGGCGGGCGCGAGAUGAUGUAUGACUGUGGCAUCGGGCCGGUGCAGGCAAUUGACUAUGAGAACUAUGAGCGGCGGGGUGACGCCGAGGUGGGUGAGAGCUAUGACCGCAGCCCGGCCGGGCUGUCUCCGAAGCAGAAGGCCAAGCAGGGCAUGCGGACGCGGAAGAUCAAUUCGUCGACAAGGAGAAAGGUGGCUCACAUGGGCAAGCAGCUCAUGUCUGUGCUGGUGACGUGCGCUGCGGUGGUCGGCAGCAUGGCAGAGGAGGUGGUGACUUCAACUUGUGGCAAUCAAGCCUGCCGCAUCGCAGACUGUUUGGAGAUCUUUGCCGGGCAGGCCGAAAUCUCUGCGGCUUGCGCGAAGAAGAAGAUGGCAGUGCUUCGUCCUCGAGACCUCCGCUAUGGAGACGAUCUACGCGAUCCUGAAGUGCGGCAGGCAGUGCUGAAAGAGAUCGAAGAAGAGCGCCCACGGGUAGUGUGGAUGGCUCCACCGUGCACACAUUGGUGCGCCUUCUCCAGGCUCAACUAUACCAAGCAGGAGAGGCGACGGUUGAGGGCAAAAGACAAACCCUUUUUGCAGUUGAUCGACGAGGUGAUGGUGGCGCAACGAAAGCAUGGAGGCCACGUGGUGGUGGAAAAUCCCAGCACCUCCGACCUUUGGCGCAAUCCCACCAUAGCAAGGUGGAUGGCUGAUGAGGGCGUCAACAACUUCAACCUCGACAUGUGCCAGUUUGAACUUAAGUCAGUGACGGAGGAGGGCAAGUACCUGAAGAAAGGCACCAAGCUGAUGACGACUCACCCCAGCUUUGAAGAGGGACUUGGCAAGCGGUGCGCACAACCGCACCCCCAUCGGCCAGUUCAAGGCCGAGACACCAGCCAUUCGGCCCACUACACGAUGGACUUCGCAGAAGCCGUGGCUGGUGUCGUCAAACAACUCCCCACACAGACGGCAUGGGUGUCUGAGGCUGCUGGCUCGGAUGAGCCAGGUGGCGAGCUGGUGGAGACUGUCGAAGAGGAGUUGGUGGAACAAGUUGGGGCCAAGGGCAUCACGUUCAAAGGUGCUGUAUCUGGGCGAGUAGCUGGCGCCCUGAAGAGGUUGCAUCAAAACUUGGGGCACCCCACCAACAGGGAAUUGGUGCGACAUCUCCGACUGGGUGGUGCAAAUCAAGCUAUGGUGGAGGCAGCUGCGGGGAUGAAGUGCGAGACAUGUGCACGUUGCACCAAGCCCCCUCCACAGAGAGUCGCCAAGCCCACGGCAUUAUUGGACUUUAACGAUGCCGUGGCGCUGGAUAUCAUCUUCCUUGACACGGCAGAAAGCAAGGGGCACUUAGCCUUGAACAUGGUCGACAUAGCCUCCUCUUAUCAGGUAGUGAUGCCCAUUCCAAAUCGCAGAGCCGACACAGUCGCGGAUGCCUUCUACAAGUACUGGGCAGCAUGGGCAGGCAUCCCCGGGAAGCUGGUUUUGGAUUUAGACACCUGCUUCCGGGAUAGCUUUUGGGACCCCACCAACGCUGAUGGAAUUGCGAUGCGUUGUGCUGCAGGUCAAGCCCAUUGGCAGAACGGCAUCGCCGAGAGGUACGGUGGGGCGUGGAAGAUGAUGUGGGAUCGAUUGCUGGAGGAGCACACUCUGUUGGACUCAGACCUUUAUGAAGCAGCCUGUGCGAUAAGUGAGGCCCGUAACACCUUGAGAAAUCGGUCAGGUUUCUCUCCGAGGCAAUGGGUUUUUGGCUCGCAAGGGAGGUAUGGCAUUGAUCCUGAUGAUGCCCCUCAUGAUGUGGCAUCGAUGUCACAUGCAACGUCGGAUGAGAAGAUGGGGCGCAAACACACUUUGAAGUUGGGGGCCAAGAUGGCGUUUUUCCACAUCCAAAACAUCGAGGCCCUGUGUAGUCGCGCGCCGCAUGCUGCCCAUGCACCGCCGCAAGCAGCAGAACACAGUGCAUAG